UCACCCCUCACGAAAACCACAAACUGCGAAAGAAAAAAGCCAGAGGGAACCAAACAGAAUCCACAGGCAAAAGAAAGCACAAAACCUUUCUCAACAAAGUGGCAAUGGCGUUUUACGUGGACGAAGAAGAGGUCUGGAAAUGUUCAAAGCAUCCUGCGAAACGUCGCCGUAGUGGAAUCUGUCCGUUUUGCCUCCGAGACAAGCUCGAUUCUCUUUGUCCCGACUGCGCCCACGGCCGUCCUUGCGCGUGUAGCGCAACCUCUUUCUCUUCUUCCUUCUAUCGCUUCUCAACAGCCGCGGCCGAGGAUACCUCCGGUGUCGAAAGUUUCGGCUCCGGUGGCGUUUCCGAUCUUACCGAAAGAGAACCUGCGUUCCGACGUUCGAGAUCUCUCGUGAUUCCUUUUCUCAACUCGAAACCUGAGCGUUUAAGCGAAAAGUUCGAUUUGGCGGGUAAUAAGAGCAGGACGCCGUCGUUUUGGUCGAUGUUUAAAGCUAGCAAUAAGAGCAAGCGACACGAGAGUGAAGAUCACCAAAGUGGAGGGGAGAAAGCUAGAAUAGCGGCGGAGGAUGAACGGGCGAGGAUGAUGACGAAGUCAAGGUCCGUGCUGGUGACUUCACAUUCCGGUAUUGGAGUAUCGAAAUUGUCGGCAUCUACUAAAGCGAAGAGCUGGCAUUUUCCGAGUCCGAUGAAGGUUUUCAGGCAAACGAGGGGAUUGGUUUUCCAAGAACGUUCUCCUUUGCAUAGAGGGUGAUUUCUUUUAGCUUUAUUCUUCCCUUUAUUUUAUUUGUAUAAUUAUAACCAAAUAUAAACAAAAUUAACAACAAAAACGAACGAAAGUAUAACUAAGAUCUUAAACA